AGGGCGCGGGGGCGGGGCCUGUGCGGGCCGCUGCGCCGGGCGGAGUGGGCUGCGGGGAUGCGGGGCACGAGCUGCGUGGGCGGCGGCGGCGAGAGCCCGGGUGGCGCCGGGCUGAGCGAGGGCCCGCGGGGCCGCUGGCUGCGCCUGGCCCCCGUCUGCGCCUACUUCCUCUGCGUCUCGUUGGCCGCCGUGCUGCUCGCCGUCUACUACGGUCUCAUCUGGGUUCCCACGCGGCCCCCCGCGGGCCCCGCCGGCCCGCCGCCCAGCGCGCCGUCUCCUCCGUGCGCCGCCCGCCCGGGCGCGCCGCCUGCCCCGGCGCCUGCCGCUGCCUCGAUCUCCUGCCUCCUGGGAGCCCCCGGCGGGCCGCGACCCCAGCUCGAGCUGCCGCGCAGCCGCCGCCGCCGCCACAGCGACCACAGCCGCCGCCCGAACCACCGCCAGACACCCAGAGAGAGGCCGGAGGCCGCGGGGGGGCGAGGACCCGGGUAGCCGUCCCUUCCACCCCCUGCUGGAUCUCCGGCCCUCGAGAGGCCGGCGCCCCCGCGGCGGAUGCUCCGUACCCGGUCGGGCCCGGGCUCCGUCUUCACUACACCGCCCAGCGUCUCCGGAGUCGUCAUCCUGAAGAAUGGGGAGCGAAGGGGAGCUGGCUUGGGGCCUCGCUCCUCUGCCGUCAGGCUUCUCCGCCAUCAGGCUCCUCUGCCAUCAGACCGGGGUCCUCCACCAUCUGGCAGACCCUCUCCUGACCUCUGCCUUCUGACCCCCUCCAUGGGAUUCUGAGCACAGAGCCCACAACCCGCCCUCCUCCUCUCUGAAUCUCCGUGUCCGUAUGUCCCCCCUGCAAUAAACUCCAGCCCCAAGUG